UUGUCUCCCUCAUCUAGUUAAAAAGCAGAGCCAGUGCAAGCGGCUAAAGGACGAAGCUCCCAAUGUCCAAAUAAAAUCCAAAACCAAACCUAAUUUCUCUUACAUUAAAUGCCCAUUUCAGACACCCUCAUUGUCUUUUACACCAACUGACAAUAUAACACAGGCAAAAAAUUGUAAAAAAAAGGGUAUUAGAUGCCAUUACAUUCAAUGCAAUUUCAUGGCAACAACUACAACUACAACAAAAACAUCAUCAAUUUCCACAAAAACAGCGUCUGCUCAGCUCAAAGUUCAAGUACAACCCAUUAAGCCUAAGCGCCGCAAGUGUAAAGAAACCACUAUCUCUUGUUCUUCUGCUACUACCGGCGCCGCAAACGGCUGUUCCGAUUCUGGUUUUUCAGCUCGAAAGCUUGACCCCCCGACUGUUGUUUCAGCUGAUAGUUCUUGGUGUUGUCCUGCUUCUAAGCCUUUCCCGACUCCGCCACCUCCUCCUCCUUCUCCUCCUCAAACUCGCCUUGUUCCGGACCAGGGUUCGACCGAUUCUUCGUCGGCUUCUAAGAUCCGGUAUUCUCCGGGAAGUUUAUCACCCGUCAUGGAUUUCACGACGAUCUCCAACGGUCAUUCACCCUCGAGUUUCACUAAGUUCAACUCUGCACUCACUGCGGGUCUUUUAAACCCGCAUUCUCCGCCGCCUCCGCCGGACAAGUCACGAUCUAGUCCAACCCUUUUCGAGAUGAUGGCUAGCGAACCCGAUGUCCACCCAAGGACCCAAACCCAGAUCCAAGUACCCAUUUCAGGUCCUGGACAAAACCAACCCCCACCAGUCAUUGACAAACAGGUGUUGACAAUGCAGCGGAUUUCAAACCUUUUGUCAACCCGGAGCCCCGGAAACCAGUUCAAUGAUCCGGAUUCGAGUGAUAUAAAGCUAACGUUGAGUUCCAAGGAUGGGAUUAGUGUGUCAAUGAAUGUGCAUAGGCAAAUUGUGGUGGCUCACAGCAGGUUCUUUGCCGUGAAGUUAUCUGAUCGAUGGGCAAAACAACAGAGAAAUGGAUCGGCUGGACCGUACAUUGUUGAAAUUGCAGAUUGUGAUGAUGUUGAGGUUUAUAUUGAGACCCUGAAAUUGAUGUAUUGUAAAGAUUUGAGGAAGACGCUAAUGAGAGAAGAUGUUCCUAAGGUUCUUGGCAUUUUGAAGGUUUCAGCUGCAAUUGGAUUUGAUGCUGGGGUUUUAUCUUGUUUGGAGUACUUGGAAGCUGCCCCUUGGGCUGAGGAUGAAGAAGAGAGAGUGGCUUCUUUAUUGGCGGAGCUCCGCCUCGAAAAUGUCGGAGCAGGGGAAGUUUUAAAAAGGGUUUCUGUCGAAGUUACUAACGGAACCGAUGAUGGUGGUGGCGAUAACGAAGAAGUGCUUCUCAAGCUUUUGCAUGUUGUUCUCGAAGGCAAAGACGAGAAGGCAAGGCGGGAAAUGAAAGGGUUGGUCUUGAAGAUGCUUCGCGAGAAUUCAUCUCAGAACGAUCUCCGGAAAGAAUCGUUGUAUUCGGCUUGUGAUGGUUGUUUGGAACUGCUUCGUAGCCAUUUCCUCCGAGCAGCAUUGUCGGAUUUGACGGAUGUGAAUCAGAUUGCUAGACAAGCAGAUAAUUUGCAUUGGAUUCUGGAUAUUUUGAUUGAUAGGCAAAUUGCUGAAGAUUUUCUAAAAUCAUGGGCUUCUCAAUCCGAAUUAUCGAAUGUUCAUUCUAAAGUUCCGGCUGUUCACAGGUACGAAGUUAGCCGAGUGACGGCACGGUUAUUUGUUGGAAUCGGAAAGGGACAACUGUUGGCAUCAAAGGAAGUAAGAUGCUUGCUUUUACAAACAUGGUUGGUACCAUUUUAUGAUGAUUUCGGGUGGAUGAGGAGGGCAUCAAGAGGUCUCGAUAGGCAUUUAAUCGAAGACGGUCUAAGUAACACAAUUCUCACUUUACCUCUAGCUUGGCAACAAGACAUUUUGCUUGCUUGGUUCGAUAGGUUCUUGAACUCAGGCGAAGAUUGUCCCAACAUUCAAAGAGCCUUCGAAAUUUGGUGGCGGAGAGCGUUCUGGAAACGCAGCGGUGAUCAAGAACUACCAAGGGAAUCACAUGUUACAAUUGCAACCAUUGAGAAUUCAUAAAGCUGGUGAUACCCUUUUUCUUCGUUUCCUUUCAUUGAUAGCUCAUUUUUCAUCUUCUUCGUCUCUAAACCGAAGCUCGUCGCGGUUUAGUCUGGAAGAAGGCGUCAAGACAGCAGCCUUUAGGUUACAUUUAUGUUGGAAAUAAACACUAUAUAGAAACCAAUUUUCAUGUUUUAAUGUUUUCACUGACAUAUCUGGUUUUGGUUUGUAUUGGAGGGUCAUUUUAGAAUUCAACCAAAAGACACUCUUUUUUGUUCAGCUCUGGAUUUUACAUGUCUUGGCAUGGAACAAAUAGGCAUAUAUUUAUGUUGUUGUAAUUAAAGGCCUUUGGAGUUGCUGAGAGGCUGUGUUGGAUGAUGUCAAAGCAUGCUUCAUAAGAUUUUGCAGA